GCGACUGUACCCCGGGUGUCCCGCAUAUCAGCCAUGUCCCGAAAUAUCGCCGUCGUGGUCGCUCUGUGUGGCUUCACCGCGCUAUGCUCGUUGCCCGUCUCAAACGCACAGGCGCUGUCCCAAUAUGACGCAUCCCCCGCGGUAUCAGACCAGAGGGGGUGGGAGGCGCUCGGCGGACUGUACGCGCUGCUAGCGCAACACGACGCACUGGGAGGGCACGCGCUGGCGCGCAAGUCCGUGCGCUCCCCCUCCCGCCGCCUGCGCUUCGGCCGCCGCUCCGAUCCCGACAUGCCACCGCAGACGCCGAUCGACGAGAUGGAGGAGCUGCUCUCCCUGCGCGACAUCCGCAACCCCGUUCGCCUGCGCUUCGGCCGCCGCUCCGACGAGCGCGCCGUGCCGCACAUCUUCCCGCAGGAGGAGCAGGACCGGUCCGUACGUGCUCCCUCGAUGCGAUUAAGAUUCGGCCGACGAUCCGACAACAACAUGUUUCUGCUGCCAUAUGAGCCAACACUUCCCAAGGAGGUGAAAGCGAGCAGUUCCGAAGACGACAGGCAAAAUUAAACCCGCUAUAGUUAACUGUAUUUUCGCCCAAACCAAACUGUUACACUAAGGAUAUAUUUUCUAAGUGUGAAAUCACUAUCAAUUAGAUGUCUAAAACAUUUAUAAGCUGUGUGUACAUAAUCAGACUAUGUUAAUAUUGAAGCUAUCGCUUAGCGUUUGUUUAACGUAGUUCGAAGACCUAACGUCUAGUCAGUAGGCUAUUUUUAUAAUAUAUUGUUAUUUUGAUCUGUUACUUUGCGAAGAUUUCUACAUUUGUAUGAGCUGGGUAAAUGUACUAUAUCUUCGCGUACAGUGCUUUCGACGUGGACUAAAUUAUAUUUAAUUAAAUUUAUGAAGUUUUUA